AUGCCACGGAGCGUUAGAGAUAGGCUUCGUGAUCAGUUCUCAAGAUUGGAGCAGGGAUCUAUGACCGUUUCAGAGUAUGAGGCGAGGUUCCAUGAGUUGUCUCGCCAUGCUACUAUGAUCCUGCCCAUAGAGGGAGAGAGAGUUCGUUGUUUUGUACGUGGGUUGCGAUACCGUUUGAGGGUUGACACAGAGCAUAUGGUUUCAGCUGGCCGUUCUUUUCUUGAUGUGGUCGAUCAUGCCCGAUCCAUGGAGCAUAUUCAUCGUGAGGCUCAAGGGAGCAGCGAUAAGAGGGCACGCUACCAGGGCAGCUAUAGCGAGUCGCAGACUAGGGGGAGGGACUCAUAUGAUAGGCCACGUCAGAGGUUCCAGCAAGGGCGUUCAGCUUCAGGGUGUUAUGAUUGUGGUGCUCUUGACCAUUGGUCUAGAGAAUGCCCCCGACGAGGUCGGGGGGCGAUUGUACCAGCUCCACCUACUUCUAAACCAGUUUCAGCCGUGUCUUCUUCGGCUAGAGGAGGUGGUCAGAUUCAGGACCGUCAAGAGAGUCGACAGGGUACCAGGGGUGGAGCUCGGGGAGGUAGGUCAGGUGGUAGACCGGGUGCACCAGGUAGAGGUGCUCAGGGCCAUUUCUAUGCUGCCCCGACAAGGGCGGCGGCUGAGGCAUCUGACGAUGUCAUCUCAGGUACGCUCUUCUUGUGCCAUCAGCCUGCUACAGUAUUAUUUGAUCCAGGGUCCACAUUCUCGUAUGUAUCUAUUUAUUUUGCUCCCCGAUUGGGUAUGAGGUCCGAGUCUGUGGCAGAGCCGGUUCAUGUUUCGACCUCGAUAGGUGAGUUCUUAGUAGUGGAUCAAGUAUUGCGAUCUUGCUUAGUGACUAUCCAGGGUUAUGAUACUAGAGCUGAUCUUAUUAUGCUAGAUAUGAUUGAUUUUGAUGUGAUUUUGGGCAUGGACUGGUUAUCCCCAUAUCAUGUGGUCUUGGAUUGCUAUGCCAAGACUGUUACCUUAUCCAUGCCUGGUGUUCCCCCGGUAUUGUGGCAGGCUGCUUAUAGUCACACACCGACGGGGAUAAUCUCUUUUAUUCGAGCUAGGCGGUUGGUUGCUUCUGGGUGUUUAGCGUAUUUGGCCCACAUCAGAGAUGUGAGUAGGGAGGGCCCUUCAGUUGACUCAGUUCCUGUGGUUAGAGAGUAUGCAGAUGUGUUCCCUACAGAUCUACCUAGCCUACCCCCAGAGCGUGACAUUGAUUUUGCUAUAGAUUUGGAGCCCAGCACUCGUCCUAUUUCUAUUCCGCCUUAUUGGAUGGCUCCUGCAGAGCUUAGAGAGCUCAGUGUUCAGUUAAAGGACCUCUUAGAAAAGGGGUUCAUUCGUCCGAGUGUGUCGCCUUGGGGUGCUCUGUUCUGUUUGUGA